UGAAGUUCCGACGAGAGCAGCGGUCAAUGGGUGACGUUCCUCAUAUUGGUUGCCCUGCCCCAACAUUUCAGCGAAAAGCUUGUCAUUCUUCCCUCCACCUCUCGAUCUUACCCCUACCGCCGGGGAUAAGGUGGAACAGCAACACCAGAGAAUCCACCGAGACCGCCGCCGUCCGAUGAAAAACGAGACCUAGCUCUACGAUGGCGGGAACACUUAUACCCCCGUGGUAUGUCGGCUCGACACCUACCAACGAUGAGCCGAAUAUAGCGAGCAUGUUUUGGGGGUUCACACUUGGGGUUGGCCUUUGGAGCGGAGUCAAAGGUUAUCGACAAAGUAGAGCCAGUUGGAACAGGACACACCGAGUCAACGUCUACAUAUGGCUGAUCUGGGCGGAAUGGAUCGCCAGUAUAGUCAUCGGCAUCAUAUCUUGGUGCUAUUUGACAUCCAUCAUUGAUCCAAGCUUUGAAUACUUCUUUUUCCUACUUGUGUUAUGGACUAUUCAGGUCCAAUGUCUCAUGCAAAUCAUCGUAAACCGAAUCGCAAUCUUGAUGCCGAUACCUGCACAGGCUACACGACUGAAAUGGGGAGUUUUUGGCAUCCUCUUGGCAGUCAACAUCAGCGUCUUCUGCAUCUGGAUCCCAGCUCGCCUCCAGAUAAACGAUACCUAUAUCCACAUCAACGAGAUCUGGGACAGGAUAGAAAAGGGCAUCUUUCUUCUUGUGGAUGCUGGACUCAAUCUUACGUUCAUCUAUCUCGUCAAGUCGCGUUUGAUUGCUAGCGGCUUGACCAAGUACACGGCAUUAUUCAGAUUCAAUCUUGCCAUGAUUGCAGUCUCGAUGUCACUUGAUGUCAUCCUCAUCGGACUCAUGUCCCUCCCGAAUACCCUGAUGUAUGUGAUCCCGAUUUGAACGGGUUUAUGCCAUUGCUGACCAUCACAGCUAUGCUCAAUUCCAUCCGCUGGCCUACCUACUGAAACUACACAUCGAAAUGGGCAUGGCAGAUCUGAUUGCAAAGGUUGUCAAGGCCUCCAACCCCAUGCGACCUCAUGCCGAAUCAAGGAGAGACAGCAACGACGGAGCCCUAGACGCGAACAAAAACUCAUUAUCGAAGUCGAGGUCGCGGAGAUUUUCUAUGCCCUACGUAGCUGGGAGAUGGAUGUUGAGCUCAGAGAAUGUCCAACCUAAAAGAAACACCACAGGGCCAGAACUCGAGCUUGGUGUACAGGCCAACACUUUCUCGGGAAGGGCAACAGAACCAAACGCAGCACCUGUGCCGCGCCCUCGUUCACUCUCUCGUCACAUCACCGAACCGAAUGGUAUAACUGGGCUGAAUAUGACGCCGCAGUCGAGGACCAGCCGUCAGGAUUCUAGUAGCACCGUAAAGGAUCAGGAUGAGGAUG